GUGCCCGCGGUGAGCAUUCCCCACAGCCAGUCCGGCGGGCGGCCGACUACGCGCCCGGGGAUGCGGCCGCCGCGUGUCCGCGGCGCUUUGGCCGUUGUAAUGGCUGAGAGGAGGUUUUGCGAGCCUGCUUCUCCUCGGUAGCUCUCGACUUCUUGAUUCGGCUCUUCGAAAAUACUGGAAUUUUUCGGGCCCGGGAGUGAUGUGGGUGCAGAAAAAGUCCACUGGCCGUCAGGUAGCUUAAUACGAGCCUCCUAAGCCCGUUCCACGCGCUCAUCUUCCAGGAGGUGUCCGUCCUUUCCACGCUUGUGGUUGAAUUACUCAGUUUAUUUGGAACGCUCAGUUUGAGGUACACGUCCGGCGUGGUGGCUUUAAGGGGAAAACUGUUCAGUAACGAUAUUACCAAAAGUGGAACGAUUGAGGGUUAUUGGUAACGUCAAAGCUUUGAAAGAUACCACGGUUCCCCUCAAGUUUUAAAAAUUGUGGGCUCCCAAGUGCAACGUGAAGCACCCCAACACCAUAUUGCUUUAUUAUUUUUCACGUAUGGACUGAAUCCUGAUCAUAACUGUAUGAUGCUAGAUUCCAUCGAAGAGUGCCAAUUUCAUGAAGACGAUUUGGAAGGAAAGUGAGGUGUCGGAUUGCUAAAUCAUAGAACGGCCAACAACAAAAUGGAAGUGAAACAGAUGGUUAAACACAAGACAUUAUGGAAAAUGAGCUCAACCAGUGAGCCUUUAUCAAUUACUGGCAUAGAAGCCAAUCCUCUGAAGAAAUUUACCAUUCCAAAGAUCAGAAGGACAGCUGGUAAAGUGUACUUGUCACCCUGUUGCACCAACACUAGGGAGUAUAGUUUCAUACACGAUACGAUUAACCAGAGCAGACUUGAUGUAAACUGUGAUCUACAGUCGUCAUGGCAAUUUGGGGAUACAAAACUGCUUCACAAUGACGAUCUGGAAAAAAAAUUUACGGCCAAGAGGUCAGAGAUGCGUGAGAGUGGAAGACAUGGGAGAGAGCUUGAAGAACAUUUCUGCUUUUUAGCGCUUUCUCAGAGUGAUGUGGCUGAGAUACAUCAGAAUGGAAUGAGUACCAAGUCAUCUACAUUAAAGAUACUAGGAAAUCCUCUUCUCGGAAUUUAUGUAUUUCGGCACGUCGAUGUUGCCUUGAAUUAUGCGCAUAGUAGAAACAGUGCUGUAGAAAGUAUUAUAAUUUUUAAGGUUCUAUUUGGAAAAGUGAAGAAAAUUCAGCCUUCUGUGGAUAAAAACAAAGUUGCUUUGGAUCCGUCUCCUAAUUUUGAUUGCCACAUGUCAAGAAAUAUACCUUCUCUGAAAGAUACCAUUGAACUCCAAGCCUACGGUUCAGCAGUGUACUUCUAUGAAUACAAUGAUCUUUUAAAGCCAGUAGAUAAACCUAGACAGUGCCUUCCAUAUGCAGUAGUAACAGUAAAAGUUAUUGGCCAAAGAAUAGAUAAUGGAUAUCUUAUGACAUCUUUGAGAUUCCUCUCAACAGGAUUUCCUAAGAGGACUGAAAGAACAUGUUCUCUAAAUAACUGUACGGUGGCCAAAAGAAUUGGAAAAGGAAAAGAUGCCACUGUCAUCUUUGAGCAUUUCGGGAAACCUGUAGAUCCAUUUGUCCAGGAAAACUGUUUAUGCAAUGCACUGAAUUCAGAGAUAAACCCUUCUAACUCAGAUAGUUCUAAUCCCCAUGGAAGUGUGCAAAAUGGAAGCAACAUUUCUAUACUUGAAACAGACGCUGGACAGUCAGAGCACAAUUUAGCAGAAAAUAGUGAUACUUCUCAAGCAUACGCACAUGAUUCGGGUCUUCUAUUUAUGCCCAGUGAUACCAGGGAAAGUGUAAAAGGUGAUCUCUUGUUAAACUUGACGGAUCUGAAAAAUAUUCUAAGUUUUUUUUCUACUCCUGUUUCCCUUCACAACAAUACUGGUUCAAGCACAGUUAUUACUUCAAAACUCAUCAAAGACCCAAGACUAAUGAGGAGAGAAGAAAGCAUGGGAAAACAGAAUAACGUAACGGGCUUGAAGGAGAUUUCGGCAUUUGAGAAGAGCUUAGAUUCUUGUAACUCAGAAACGUACUUGUCAUCUAUGUCAGCUAAUUCUGUCUCCUUACCUGAAGUCAUCCCUGAUGAUCGUACUGUUCUUACUAACUGCUUGGAUGCCCCUUGCUUCAAGUUUUCUUUUGAUGAUUCACAGUCUGAGGUUCAUAACACAUGCUCUAAGGACUAUGAUUAUGCAACUCCCGACAAAAUGACCAUGGUAGGACAAUAUAAGGGCCAAGGCAAUGUUCUUUUCCCAGUUCCUUUGUCAAAUGUAUUUUCAGAAGCUGAAAACCAAAGACACACUGAGGAAGAAGUCCAGAGAUCCCAACAGAGAAUCAGCACCCCACUUUUAAUUAAACAAAAUGGCGAGCCGUAUAACUUUUAUGAACCAGUGAAUACUUGUACAAAAGACUACCAUAGUUAUAUCUCUCAGGAAUCACAGUCUUCCAGUUUAAAAACCAUAUAUCAAACUGAUCCCCAAAUGUCUCCAGUUUCUUCAUUCCAAAAGAAGGAAAGCAUCGAUACGUUCAUUCAAAAUAUUGGAAAUAUGAGGAGCCUUAAAACUGAUCCACAAGACAAUUCCAAACGUGGAGAAAAGCAAAAUUUGUGGAAAGAAAUUGAUUAUUUUACCAAUGAAACAAAAGCCAGCCAGAUAGACAAUUACAUUUCAUUAGAACAAGAACAUGAAGAGGGUGAGAGUCUUGAUUCUUCAGGAAAAAACUGUGAUCAAAUAUUUACUCAAGAGUUAGAAAUACCAAUAUCUUCCACGUGUACCACAAAGGAUAAGUAUGAGCUAGAUGAUCUAACCAUGGAAUUUACUCCAAGCAUAAACAGCCUGUCACAAAAUCAUCCCCAGCACUUUUUGGAGUAUGAAAAUAAUGACAUUCUUAGAAGUUUUGUCAUUUCUCAAAAACAAAUGGAACUUAAAAGGGAAGAAACAGAUCAGAAUUGUGCUGGCAUUGUGGCUGAUGCUUUCCAGGAAGCAAAAGACAUUUCCCAGGCCAAAGAACUACUAAUUGAUACAGUUCUUUUCUCUCAUGGAGUUGAAACAGCUCAUAAUAAUUUCAAUUGCAGUAAAACUAAAGAACAUACAUGGCCCCAUGGGGCACAUGACAAUGAGCUGGUGUCAUUAGAGGAUGAUCAGAAAGACUACAAAGACUCUUCUCAUAUUGAAGUUAAAGGUCAAGGUCAUCCUCUCUUCUGUGAUACGCAGCUGAAUGGCGGUAUACCACUGAAUGUUGCUUUCAAGGAACAAAAAGAGGAUGAAGAAAAUCAGCAUGAGGCUAGAGAGGACGACGUUACUUCACCCCCAGAGGACAGCAGAGAGAACAUAUAUGAAGGCGAGCAGCAGGUUGUUCAUACAAACAACAGUUUUACCCAGUUGGAUGAAAGAAGGGAGGAUAAAAAUGGCAGCCAUGUAGAAAUUCUGAUUUCUGAAGAAUUUUCUUCUACAUUUAACUUGACUUGGGACAAAAAAUACGUAUCAACAGAAGCUGCAUUAAUAGAAAGUGAAGAGACUGUCAAUGCCUUAAAACAAAAAGAUACUCAGAAUAAUGGAAAGAGUCUGGAGUAUUUGGCUUCCACAGUGUUGCCAGAAGUUCCGGGCUCUUCAGUGUGUACAGCCCCAAAUGCCGAAGUACAGAUAGCUGGUUCUACUGUGCCUGCUUUAAGCACAAAUCACCAAGAUCACCAGGGAUACCAGUUUAAAGAAAUCUGUUCCUCAGCGAGUUCAGAUUUUAGUUUGUUAGUAAAACCUAGGAUUCCUGAUUAUGAAAUUGAUAUGGAUAAAAAUAAAUCACAAGACUCAUUUCAUCAGCCCUCAGUCAGUGAGAACUUGGUUAUUAUUCCAAGUUUGGAAUUGGAAAGUGAGAUUGGAGUAGGAAUAGAACAGUGUGAAGAUGCUCUUCUAUUUCAUCAAGAUACGCAUAGCCAUGGCAAUGUGCUUACUGAAGAACUGGGGUCCUCAUAUGAGACUCUGAAGUCUCGUAUCAACUGGGAUGCUCUCUUAGGAAGCAGUAACUGGGAGACAGAAACAUUGAAAAGCACCGCAAGAAGGGAGAGUACAGAUGAGCGUUACUCCGAGGAGACGAAUCGUUUUUAUGCUUCUACACAGAACACCAAAGCAGAGCUACUCAACCCAAUUUUACUUCCAGAUCUACAAAUUAGAAUUACCAAUAUAGUUAGGCCAGGAUUCAGCCAAACUGCUGACUCCCACGCACUGAAAGAUGACUAUUACAAACGUAUAACUAAAGCUGCAGAACCAGAAACAAAUGAGGGAGAAAAGGGUCCAGGAUUAGGAACUGCUUCCCAGUCUUCUGGUGAAAAUCCUGAUUACUCAUGUGAGGAUAAACCUGAUAGUGUAACACAAGAAUCAGGACUAGUGAGUAAAUCUAAAACUUCUCUUUCUUCGGACUUAAGUCAGAAUGCCCACGUGAAUCACAUGUCUGAAAAACGAAACAAUGACUCUUUGUUUACUGAAUCUUCAGAUGUCACUACAAGAAAUAACAAAAGCAGCUGUUCCUUUGCGAAAUCAAAAACUGACUGUAAUGAUAGUAGAAGUAAAAAGCACCCAGAGUCAAGAAUGAGCAAGAGAAAGCAACAUACAUCUUUGAGAGACCAAAACACAUCACAUAAAGAUUUCAGAUAUCAUGAAAUGUAUGAGAAAAAGAGGAGGCUAACUAGUCAAGACUCACUUGAAUGUUUUUCUUCUUUAUCCCAAGGACGAAUGAAAACAUUUUCACAGUCAGAAAAGCACAUUAGGAGUGUCCUGGAUAUUCUCAAUAGUGAAGCAUCAUUAUGUAAAAGUAAACGUCUUUCCAGAAGACUCGACAGAGCUGUUCUUCACUUAAAAAAAGCUCAGAGAAGAGUUCACACAUCCUUGCAGCUGAUAACUAAAGUGGGAGAAAAAAGAAAAGGCCCAUUACCAAAAUCAUACGCGAUCAUAUGCAAUAAUUUCUGGGAAUGUUGUGACCUUGAGGGUUAUAGCUCUCUGUAUGAAAGAAAAUAUUAUUCCACUAAGCAUUUUUUUUCAAGAAGAGAAGACGACAGAGAGGGUGAAAGAAGAGCUUUAGAAUUUAACGUUGGUACAUCAUUAACGCAUGUGUCAAAGCACAAGUCUUAUAAAAGAAAUGGAGAGGGAAUCACAGACUGCGUUUCUAAGAAAAGUUUAGCCAGCAGUGUUUCCAGAAGCCACACCACUAUUCACGUGGGAGAGUUUUGUGAUCAAGAACCACAUCCUGAAUCACAGUUAUACCUGCCCUCCGUGUCCCAAAGUACAAGCCAAUCAUCAUAUAAUACUAGCAGUAUGAAAUUACCAGCGUCGUCAGAACUUCAGCCUUUUUCUGGAAAAACUGGAUGUUUGUUUUCACCAGACCACCAAGAUGAGAAGCUGCCCGAAAAAGAAAACCAAAUUGGUAUCAACUUUGUAUCUAACACUGAUAAAUAUGAAAAGCUUGAGAGCCCUUCAACACACAGUAAUAUUAAGGAUAUAACAGAAGAAAUCACUUCCACGGCUAAUGAAGUAAUAAAUAAAAGUAACUCAGUAUCUUUUGGCUGCAUAAAAGAAAGAUUAAGUGUUAACACGAACAGAAAUUAUGGUGCAACACAUACGGCCCACACAGACGUGAAAACGGACAUACUUAUUUCAGUCUUGGAAUCAAGUGAGCAGCACUUUUUAAAUGUUGAUAUCUACAAACCAGAUAACAUUUUAUCUGAUUGUAAAAGAAACCUGGUAGUGAAUUUUCCUGUAGAAAAAUGUGCCGCUCCUGUUGAGAGCGCUAAACCAAACGUCUUCACAAGACACUUCCCAGUGGACCCAUCAAACCCAACUCUGAUAGCAAGCAAAAAGUGUAACAGCAUUCCUCAAUCAUUUUCAACUGCUCCAGCGACAGAGAGCGAGGGGGAAUCUUUGAACUCUGAUUUGGAUAAACAGAGAAUUUCUGCUGUAGAUCCUUCAGCAGAGUCCACCACUGUAUCACGUUAUCAGCAGGAAUGUCGUGAAAAGGAGCUUUUAAAGACAGAACGAUGCUCUUCCAGUAAUUGUGGCCAAGUAGAUGGGAGUGACGGAAGUGUGACUGAGAAUCCCAACUCGGAUCUGACAUCAGUAAGUGAGGAAGAUAAAAGUCGUGGGGAAGAUACAGUGAAGAAACUAUCUUCCCGUGGUAGUUCUCAACUCUUAACAGAUAAUGUAAAGGGUUCUUCUUCAAAAAAAUGUAAUGCGAGGAAAAACAUUCAGGACAGAAAAAUGGGGAAAGUUAAACAGGCAGGAAAGGAUUCGAUGGGAGAUGUGUACCACAAAGAAAGCAUGACUGAAGAAUCACCUCUUAAGACUGAGUACAAAAGUCAGAAGAAGAUCUUAGAAGAAGCAUCCUCCUACGUCAGGGAGAAAACAAUUAAAAAUAACUUGAUUGAGCCUCGUCUAAGAAUUGAAAAUGGCACUUCUUCUAAGGCACUUCCUGUGAAUAACACAGUUCCUAACCUCCGUACCAGAAGAGAGAAAGGUGGGAAAGUUAAGGCUACCAGUGACUCUCAGCCUGAUUCGAUAGCACCUUCAGAAAUAACCUGUAAUUUCAAACCAGGCGUUACAGAAAUUAACCACAAACCUAUUCCACAUGCCUACCCAGAAGUCUUUGAAGUCACUGCUCUCCAGAAGAAGCCUACAUCAUACUUGAAUGAAUUAAAAGAAAAACAUGGCACAGCUAAUCAUGCUGGUUUCCUAGCUCAGCUAUCACAAAUUUUACAGAGAGCAGAUGAAGCGUCAUCCUUGCAGAUUCUACAGGAAGAAACUAAGGUUUGUCAAAAUAUUCUCCCUUCGUUUGUUGAAGCUUUUGAAAGAAACCAAGAGUGUUCACUGGAACAAGUCUUGAUUUCACGAGACCUGUUGGUGCAACAGAACCUGUGGAAUAAUUGUAAAAACAAAUUAAAACCAUGCGCUCUUGACUCUUUGGUAGAACUCCAGAUGAUGAUGGAAACUAUUCAGUUCAUUGAAAACAAAAAAAGGCUCCUGGGAGAUGAACCGACAUUCCGAAGCUUGCUGUGGUAUGAUGAGACGCUGUACGGGGAGCUGCUUGGGGGACCGCGCGGUUAUCAGCAACAAUCCAAUUUUUAUCCUGCUUUUCAAGCAAGAUUGAAAUAUAAUGCAUACUGUGAGUUGCAGAAAUACCACGAUCAAUUAAUUGAAGUGCUUGAAGAAACAAAAAAGGGGAAAAAUUCAUACUACGUCUUCUUAAAAUACAAACGGCAGGUACAGGAGUGCGAAGCAAUAAUGAAGCGCUGUUCUGAUUGCUUUGACUUCUCCCUUUCCGUUCCGUUUACCUGUGGAGUUAACUUUGGCGAUAGUUUGGGAGACCUAGAAACCUUAAGAAAAAGUACUUUAGAGCUAAUCGGUAUAUAUGGGAACUCUCCUAAAAUUCACAGGUAUCCCGGAAAACAAGACCACCUGUGGAUUAUCGUAGAAAUGAUCUCCUCAAAAGUUACUUUUAUCAAGAGCAUGGAGGCAGUAGGUAUUAAAAUAUCUCUUUAUGGCCUGGAACACAUUUUUUUUGAUGCUGCAAAAAAUCUUGUUUGGGAAGAGAGAAGACGAUCCUUAAACAAAAAGUGCUCACGAAAGAAGUAUAAAGAAACACUACUCAAAAAUAAUCAAGAGGCGUUCUCUAAGCUGCAGGAGAUAUAUGAUGCUUUGUCUAAAGACUUAAGCAGUGAACAAAUUUCCAGUAUUGGACUUCAGGAGGAUACCAUGAUUGCUUGCAAAAAGUCAGAUAAUCUAAUGAAUAAAGCAACAAUUAGCAGAGAAAACUACAGGUUUAAUGGUACUUUGCUGUCACACCCAGAUACUUGUUGCGUUAGUGAAAUACUGGAUGAAGCUGAAUUUGCAGACCUUAAAAAAUUACAGGAACUCACUUUGAGAUGUACUAAUCACUUAGAAAUUUUAAAAAAAUACUUUCAGAUGUUGCAAGAAGAUAGCAUAGAUAAUAUUUUUAUCACAGAAGAAAAUGUUUUGGACAUGGUGAAAAACCACAACUAUGGGACUGUAAUUUUAAAGCCUGAAGCAGUUGAAACAUACAUCGAAAUUGUCAUGAUUUUAGAGACAAUACAUUUCCUUAAAAACUCAAUGGCAAAGAAACUAGACAAGCAGAGGUUUCGAGGUAUGCUUUGGUUUGAUUUGUCACUUCUUCCUGACCUGGUUCACUGCCAAGAAACAAUGGCUUGUUUUUCAUUUCUUAAAGAUAAUUCAACAGAUUGUCUUUGGAGAGUGAUAGAGACUGCUAUUUCUGAACUUAAGAAAGAUCUGGAUAUUAUCUACAAAUAUAAUGAGGCUGUUAAUUGCUCAUAUGCUCUUCAUUUGCUCUCAAGAGAACUUGAAGAACUUUCAGAAAUAAAAAAUCUUGUAAAGAAGUCCGCGUGUUCCAUUUAUACAUACGUUGACUUUGUGCCGUGUGUAGCAUCCAUAAAUUAUGGAAACACUGUGACAGAGUUGGAAUACAGCUACAAUCAGUUUUCUGCACUGCUCAAAAAUAUAAUGGCUGCUCCUCAGAAAGAUUUAGGAAAAAUGGCCCAUAUUAUGAAAGUCAUGAAAACUAUUGAACAGAUGAAGAUUGUAUGUGCUAAAAAUGCUGAAUUAACCGUCCACUUUAUCCUGUGCCAAAUGCUACAUAAUAGAAAGAAAACCUCCAGAUCGAAGGAAGAAGAAAAAAUGAAUAUUCAUGUUAUAAAACAUGGGGAGAACAUUAAUAGUUCCGGUACUUGCUUGAAGGUGCCCACAGUUCCAGAAGGCAUAAUCAAAAACCUUUCAAGUUCCUCUAAAAAACGACCUGUCACUGUAGACAUACGUGCAGACACUCAGAAACAGGAGAAGGCUACUACUCUUUCGAGUUCUAAAAAGCAAAAGGUUAAUAUGAAAGAUGUCACAAAAAUCAACAAAGAAAAGGCAGCAUUCAAGAAUCCAAGGAUUACAAGAUCUCAUCUCAGAAGUGAAAACAAAAUAGGACCAAGUUCAUCUGACAAUCUGAAAAGAAACCACCCAUCUCCAAAAAAGGUUGAAAUACCAAGAUCACCACCAGGCUCACUUUUGCCUUCAGAGGACUUAAAGGGUGCUUGGGCAUCAAAUUCAGAAAGCAUAAUAGAUUUAACUGAGAUCUCAGCUGAUAGCUCAGAAGACUUCACUGGGCAACAGAGAAACCUAAAAAACAGCAUGAAGAAAAGAAAUGGGAGGUUUAGUGCUGCUGAGGAAAAAAGUGGUAAGAAAGAUGGGGCUGUUUUUGCAGUUUGUGACCAGAAAAGUAUAGAUGACACAUUUUCAAAAGACUACAAGAUACCUUCACAGAAAUUUCUUAAAAUUUCCCCAGAUCCUGCACAGAAAUCUUGUCCUUCAGACAUAAAACCAGGAGCUGAUGCUUCUUUCCUGCCUAAUACAUCAGUGCUCUCAAAGCCUAUUUUCUGUUUUCUGAGGGAUAUCCAGACCAAUCUAGAAAUGAAUGACCAUGUCCUUGAACUUGAAGAUAAUGACAUGCUAAAUUCGUCCAUGAACAACUCCACAUGCACCAAUUCUCCAGAACCUAUGUUUAUUCAGAACAAAAUUCCUGUUCUUCAAAUAAACAAAAUAGCGCCUGCAAAGAUGGAGUCAGAGGAAAAAUAUAUGCAGGAUACAUUGAAUCUCGGUACUGUUUCAGCCAGAGCGUCUGGGAGCAUAACCCUUCAUGUGAAUCAGACAGCACAGUACUGUCUUUCUGAACAACAGAGCAGUGAAAAUUUAAAAGCCCUAGCUCAGCAUGCUGCCGUGAAUUGGAGUGAACCGCCCCAGUCUGCAUGCAGCCCAGUACAUACUUCUCAGCGUUCACUUGGCUCUUCACAUCCUUACUACGCGUGGUGUGUUUGUCAUUACAGGAGCAUCAGUGGCAGUUCUGUGACCCACACAUACCAGGGGGUGACAUCUUACCAAGCGCAGCCACUUUCUUCUGGGUCAUUGACUGCAGUUGCAAGUACUGUCCAAAACACACAUUCUAAUCUUGUUUGCUCUCAAUAUUUUGGUUACUUUGCUGAGAAGCCACAAGCAAAUGACUUUGCGCCAGUGAAUGAGUAUUUUCAAUAUCAGACGCCAGUGUCCUACGGUUUUCAGCAGCCGAUUUUUCCACCGUCUUCAUCCCAUCAGCCUUUGCUGCAAGCUGCACACCCUUACCCUCCUAAUCCUGGCGGGCCUCCAGAAGUUCCUUGGACUUACGCUUCAUGGCAACAAGAACCCUUUCAGCCAGGACAUUGAAAAUAGCCUUCUGUCUACUGAAAUAAAGGAGAUUGAACAAGGUUUUCCAAGUAUUUUUUACUUCUGUAUUUUUAUUUUAACAUUUUUGAAUGUAAACGUGGCAGGAAAUAAAAAUCAUACAGCUCUGUAUACAAUGUUUAAAUGCAACCGUGUAUCACCUGAGGCAAGAGGGAGUCAGCUUCUAACCUCUCAGGCAGGCUGCUCUUUUAAUGCCCACCUCACCGGCAGUAGCAUUAACAUGGUGUUUUGAAAUUUAUUUUGUAAAGUGUUGCUAUCAGGUAGUACAAUUAUAAAGAUUUUCUCUGAGGUUUUUCUAAUGACAUCAAGGGAUUAAAUACAUUUGCUGUAAGAUGAAGCAAUAGUAGUGAAAUCAUAGAGAAGAGUUUUUUGUUUCUGAUACUUUAAAUACAUGGUUUAUGUGGUACCAUUGGAUUUAGGUGGAAGUCGGAAUUUUUUUCUACAAUGGGUCAUCAGAGCAAUAAUUUUAUAAUUCUUGGCACGUUUUUCUUGUAGUUUAGGAUUCUGUGCCUGACAUGGAAAAUUUUUUCAAUUUCAAUAUUUUAUAAUUUUUUUAUACACUGUUUUUAAUAGAGAAGCUGGUUUGCAUAUUUUAAGUGUUUCCCUGAGUAGGGAUUUUAAUUUUAUGUUUGAAGCAUUUUUAGUUCAUUAUACUGAGAUUAAAGCACAUUUAGCACCAUUUUUUAUGAGCCCUUUCCAUAAGAUUUUUUUUUAUAUUUGUAUUUCACAAAUUAAGUGGUUCUUUUAAUGAUUUUGUAGCAAACAAUAGAGAAUAAUAUCUUCAGCUUUUACUGUAAAUUAGUCAUAUUGCAAUAAUUUAAAUAAUGCAGCACAAAUGCAGUUUUUUUUAAUGCUGUGGUUGUAGAUUUUUUCUCUUGUUAAACAUUCUGUAAAAGUAAAAAAAAUCUCUUAGUAGUAAUCAUCUUGGGACAAGAGGUAUGUGAUAACGUGACUGUGCUCUCAAGCAGCCUUUCUGCCUGUACGUUACCUAUCGUGUUCAACAGCCAGUCUCGUUCUUUGUAACAUCCUGUCAGAAAGAUCCUUCGCAACUGGAUAGAACUUUCUCAAGUGCUAGUGGGCCAUAAAAUGUGACAAGAGAUUUGCUCUGGCAGAGUCUGAACAGAUAGUUAGCAAAGCUUCACGGUUUUCUCAAAUUUGUUAUGUUAGCAGACACGUUAGCUAGCAUACCCCUCCGAAUACAGUAUAAUUCAGCCCUGCUUGUUACAGAGUGACUAAUUUUUCAAUUUUGAAAAACGUCGAGAACCCCCAAGAUAAAGCUCUCUAGGGAUAUCAAGAGUAGGUGGGAUUCAGAAUUACUUCAGAGAUUUUCUCUAACGGAUCUUUAAAAAAGGGAAAGUCAGGGAACUGCAACUGAAAGAAACGAGGAAUUUGAAAAGACUACAGAAUUAAAGCAAUAUUAAGGUAACUACAUUUUUGUCAAUGUAGUUUUAUUGAAAAAUUGUCAAAACUAGAACUCUUGAAGGUAUUAAAGUAGUAAUGUUAACUGUUACUCAAAAAUGACUUUGAUUCAGCCAUUUGGUUUAUAUUUUAUUUAGUUUUGGAAAGAUGUUACAAAGUUUACUAUUAAAAAGCUAUUUAGGUAAGGUAAUAGUUAAAUGUUCUUAAGGACUCUUUAAACUUUCAUAUUCUCUUGAACUUUGUGAUUAUUUCAUUUUGUAGGUUUUAAUUUCUUAAACUUCUCUAAAUAUUCAAUUAAUGAAACUAUUCUGCACUUUGAAACAUAAUAUGAAAAACAAUGGAGUACUUUCUUUUUUUCCUCUCAAAUAUAUGUUUCGGUUCUAAAAGUAAAAUUAGAACAAAAUUGGGAUGUGAAGAAACAUAAAUGAGGAAACCCACUUGUUUGUGAAUCUUGUUGUUUUGGAACUUAAAGAAGAAUUAUCUAAAUAAACUGGAUUCUUUUAGUUUCAGGAUGGUUUUUGUUUGUGUAUUUCUUGAAUAAUGAGCAUACACAUGGACAAGCCUUGGUUAACACAUACCUAUUACAUGGAAAACAACCCGCCACAGAGUGA